GGCACACUGUUGCGAGAAAAAAAAGGCCAAUUUCUGUCAGGAUUGCCUGCCCCCAAUGAUCCAAUCUCCUUCUCCUCAGCUCCUCCUCUGCUGCCCUUUUUAUCCGAUCUGAUUCCUCCCUCCAUCCCUCCCUCUGUGUCCGAAGCAGCAGUUGCUGUUGCAGAGGGACAACCUAUGGAGCUCGAAAUCGACAAUCACGUCAGGCCAUUCCACGUUUUCGUCCGGCUUCUUAGCGGCGAUACCAAGACCCUUCUCUUCGACUCCCCGCUCGUCCCCGCCCUCGCUGUCAAGCAACGGAUUUCUGAUAUCGCCAAGCUCCCCGUCUCCCAGCAGCGUCUCAUCUGCGCCGGCCGCCAGCUCGAUGACGCCGCUCUCAUCCCUUCCCCCGACUCCACCGUGCACCUCUUGCUCCGCCUCCGCGGUGGCAAGGGCGGUUUCGGUUCGCUCCUUCGCGGGGCGGCCACCAAGGCUGGCCAGAAGAAGACGAACAACUUCGAUGCUUGCCGAGACAUGAGCGGGCGACGGCUGAGACAUGUUAACGCUGAGAAGAAGCUCGAGGAGUGGAGGGCUGAGGAGGAGGAGAGGAGGUUGGAGAAGAUCGCUCAGGAUUUCAUCAAGAAGGCCGCAAAAAAGGGAAAGAAGGGAGUUGGCGAAGGGGAGGCGCUGAGGUACGUGGAGAAGUACCGGGAGGAAUCCGCCAAAUGUGUUGCGCAGGUUGAAUUGUCGGUCAGGGAAGCAAUGGGUUCUUCCUCUGCCACCUUUAGAAAGAGCCUCAAGCGUAAACCUGGAGAGGAUGCUGGUAUCGAUGGGAAGAAGUUGAAAAUUUGGAUGGGAAAGAGAAAACUGGCUGAUAGUGACAGUGAUGAUAUGGAUGAAGACAGCAGCGAUGAUGAUGAUGAGGAGGAGGCGGAGGAGAAUGAGAAGUCUGUUAUCUUAGAUAAUACAAACAGUUCAGAUUCUGCAAAGGAUGGAGAAGAGAGUUCUGACUCAUUGUCCGGUGGGAGACAAGAGGGUAUAUCAACUGCUGCCUCCUCAGAGAGUGGUUCCGGGGAAGAGAGGGAGACUAUUUUCCAGGAAAGCUCAGUAUCUGCCGGAUGCUCUCCCAAGGAAUCUUCAUUGCAUCAGCAGAAUGGCACGGUUGAGCCUGUUUACCAUGGGGGCAAGGAGGAUCGUGCUUCUACGUUUCCAUCUUCAGAUGAAGCAGCUGCCUCAGAGGAUGAUGCGAAUCUGGCUGAAAAAGAGGAGUCUAAUAAAUUUAAACAUGGGAACGAUGAGGUUGCAAUAAUUCAAGAAGCAGCGGAUCUUUUAAAUUCCGGGGAGAGAACUGAUAGAGCAGUAGGCGUCCCCCAUGAUGUCACUGGUGUCUUAGGAAUUCAAGUUGCAGCGAUGGACGAAACUAUGUCCCUGAAAGCUGAUAAAGGAGAGGACGAGCCACUGAAUUUCGAUGAGUAUAGUUCAGCCGCGGAAUUGGAGGUUCUUGGCCUGGAAAGGUUGAAAAUGGAGUUGCAACUUAGAGGCCUGAAGUGCGGCGGAACGUUGCAGGAGCGAGCUUCUAGGCUGUUCCUCUUCAAGUCUACUCCUCUGGACAAGGUCCCGAAAAAGCUUCUUGCCAAGAAAUGAUGUAGUUUGUUUAAGUGUAUGUCUAGAAGAAACUUGUAAUAUUCUGAUAGUGUCGUGUGCUGCGUAUCUGAUUCUACAGCCUGUGCUCCUCAUUACUGGGGAAGGCAGUGACUCGCAGUUUUCUUCUUUCGGAAAUGCUCGAGACAGUUGGGAAGUUGCUAAUGCUUGAUGCUCACUGUGGGCCUUUUGUGCACA